AUGUUCCACACACGCCCCUGUGUCCCAGCUUCAACAAGCUCAAGUGGCUGCACCGAGUGCUCGAACCCUCGCUCUACACGGACCAAAUACGCACGGCCGAAGCUCGACCCUUCCCUCUGCGAUUCCUGCUAUUGGGAUUUCCAUGGUCAAAAUAUGCAAAGCAUUGAGCCACAGCCCCUUGGAUCACUUGUGUGUCUUUGUACGAGACGUGAGAAUCUGGAUCUAUUGCUCGUCAGUCGGCAGAUCCACCACGAGGCGUCAUAUAUUUUCUGGACAGAAAAUGUGUUUGCAUUCGAAAACCAUGGAACAUUGAUUGGAUUUCUUUCGGUUGUUAGAGAGCAUAUUCGCGAGUGGAUUCGGUACAUCUCGUUUAUGCCCGAUGAAGUUUGUGAAAUCGCAUGGAUGGACUUUGGGUUGGUCUGGGAGUAUCUCAGAAUGUGUACGGGUUUGAUUGUCUUUGAGAUUGAUGUGAUGUUGCUCGAUAGUUUGGAGAACGUUCUCGGGCUUGGGUCUCUGAAUUUUAACAGACGAGUUGACUUUGUGAAGAGGAGUGUUGGGACAUCUCAAGGUGGGUGGCCGGAUAUCUAUGUUUGUUUAUCGCGGGGUGGGAGGAAGGCAGUUUGCACGCCAUUGACAAAGACCCUCAAUCAAGUCAUGACUGGGAUAGGGAGUGAUCCGAGGCUGUUGGAAAAUGCGUACUGUGCGAUUCGCGAGGAAAUGACUGAUAAGCCAUGA